AUGAAGAAAGAUAAUUUAUAUACAACUAACAAUGUAGAUAAAAAAAAUGUUGAAGAAAAAAAGAAAGAACUCAUAUCCCAAAAAAAUAAAAUGAAAGAUACUUCUCUUGAAGACAAUAAUAAAAAUAAUGCUAGUAAUAAUAUUAAAAAUAAUGUGUUGAAAAAUAAUUCCUUAUUUAAUAAUAAAAAAAAACAUUACCUUCAUAAUAUUGAUAAGACGUUAUUAAAUAAAAAUAUUAAUUGUAUUAAUUAUGCAUAUAAAAACCUUAACGAACAAAAAGGAAAUUCACAACAUACAAUUAAUGUUAAUAUAAAUCAUAAGGAUUAUGAUGAUAACCAAAAAAUAAUGGAUAUAUUAUCUAUAGAAAAAAAAAAAUAUAUAAAUAAAUAUAUUCCAAAUAAAAUUCAUAUGAAGAAAUAUAAUAAUAAUCAAAAUAAAUUAGAUGAUAAUUUUGUUCAUUCAAUAAUUCAAGAUACCUUUUUAAAUACAUCUCUUCAAAUAAGUAAUAAAACCCCUUUAACAAGUAUAAAAAUAAACAAGGGUGUUAAAAAAAAAAAAUCUUUUACAAACAUAAAUAAGAAAUAUAAUAAUAUAACAAAUGAUAAUCAAAUUGUUCAUAAUUCUUCUAUAAAAAAAAAUAAUUUUAUAAAUACAAGUACUCAACUACAAAAUAAUAAAUAUCAAAUAAACCUAGAUGAGAAAAAAGAAAAAUCUUUUAAGGAUUGUAAAAAAGAAUUAUAUAAAACUGUAAAAGAUAAUAUAAUAUUAAAACAUAAAGACAAUAAAAAAUAUAUAGAAAAUUAUAUGCAAAGUAUUUUAAAUCAUAAUGAAGAUAUAUCUAUUCAGAAAGAUAUUCAUCUAUGUAAUAAUAAAUAUACACAAACUAGUAUAAUAUAUAAUAUUGAAGAGUUGAAUAAAUAUUCUUUAAUUUACUCAAAAAAAAUUCUACAAACAGCCUUAAUACAAAUAACAUAUAAACAGAAUCUAAACCAAAUGAAAAACAAAAAAGAAGAAAUUAUAAAUAAUGAUCAAAUUAAUAAACUUAACUUUAAUAUAUUAACAACACGUCAACAAAAUAAUAUGCACAUUAUGAAUGCAAAUAAAUCAAUCAACAGUGUUCUACAAAUAUUUAACAAAAUAAAUACAUUUGCCAUCUCCAAUAAUUUAAUUCAUAUUUUGAUCAAGAAAAAUGUUGAAACUUAUAAUGAGAAAAAAAAACUCAAAGAAAAAGAAAAAAUAAUAUGGUUUAAUGAGCUCAAAACAUAUUUAUUAAAAAACACAUUGGCCCUUCUUGCCGCAGAAAAGAUUGUUUCCUAUAUUGUAGACGAAUUAAUCGAAGACACUACCGACAAUUUAAAUUCUCAUCAUAAUAAAAAUAUAAAUAAAAUAAAAGAAAAAAUUCACAUACACAAAAUUGCCUUACAUCAAAAAAGAAAAGUGGAUAAGGGUUACCUGACCUUUAUGUUUAACGACGGAACAACAACUGUUUACAUACCCACAAAAAUAAAAUACCAUAUGAAUUUAUGUGCACUUAUAAAAAAAAUAAAAUAUUAUAUAAAUGACAAGCUAGAAUAUAUAAAGAAGGAAUAUGACAUAAGCACAUUAUGUAUAAAGUGCAAGGGUCUCAAAAUAAAGAGCAUAAAGGAAUUAUUCUUCUCAGAUAAUAAGGAAUUUGUAAUUUCGAUGGACAAAAAAAUAAAAAAAAAAAACAAAAAAUACAUAACAACACCAUGA